ACUGAAGCUAAGACAACGAAAAUCCGUGCUCCCUCGAUGUUUUUUUGGGCAUACCCGAUCUCCUUAUGGAUCGGUUACGUCGCGUCUCGCAUAUACGAAGUGAAGCGUCAUGACUCCCAUAGCCAACCUCGAAGUAAAUCGGCCGAUACGCUCUUCCUCGUUGCACACAUAGGUCUAUUUCUCUCAAUUGCCUUUACAGAGAUUCUGUCUGUGGUUCUAGUCAGCCAAAAUGGCUACGGGAAUGGGUGGGCGGAAAAGGAUUACCUGUCUUCGACGUUCGGGGUAGGGUUAUUCUACCUGGCUGGACUACUGCCGGAUCCGGAUGAGCGUUACACGGCAUCGAUAGUCAACCGCAACAUGUGGCUGAUAAGCACCUUGUACGAAGUCUUAUGGCUUGCCCAUGGAUGGAAGCAGACAUAUGGUGAGAUAUCUGAUAACAAUGCCUGGCACACGGCAUCGGCGGUCGUGGCUACCGUGAGGAUUCUGAUCCUCGUCGGCAUCAGCGCACUCUUCAUCGUGACAAAUCAAAGGAAAAACCAGGACUGGAGUACACAAGACAACGGAGAAAGGCAACCUCUGCUUGGUAAUGGAUCUCAAGUCAAUGGGGCCAAUGGGAAAACGACUUCAACUAAGCGUUCCGGGGAUGCGCAGACAACCACGUGGACAGAUUAUCUUCUCGGCUUCAAAGCGCUGUUUCCCUUCUUAUGGCCGUCGAACUCGAAGCCUCUCCAAGUUCGAGCAAUCUUCUGCUUCUUGCUACUCAUCGCUCAACGUAUCGUCAAUAUCCUUGCUCCACACCAACUUGGUGUUGUAGUCGCACAUCUGGGACGCAAUCGCAUUCCCCAUUUGGAUAUUGUACUUUACAUUUUAUUCCGUGGUUUACAAGGACAGCAAGGUGUCAUCGGGUCGAUCCGCGCUAUGCUCUGGAUCCCGAUAAGCCAAUCGACCUACCAGCGCCUAAGUUCAGCCACAUUCACACAUGUCUUACAGCUUUCACUAGAUUUCCACCUGAGCAAGCGAGUAGGUGAAGUCAUAAGCGCACUCAGCAAAGGAGGCGCGUUGAACACUUUCUUGGAUGGACUCGCGUUCCAGCUUUUUCCAAUGGUGGCUGACUUGUGGAUCGCGGCCGCCUACUUCUUUGUCGUGUUUGAUGCAUUUUACUCGCUGAUUGUGAUAGCUGUCACGUGGUUCUACAUAUACGUGACGAUAUACAUGGCCAAAUAUCGUGGCCGCGCACGUCGAGAGAUGGCGAAAAGAGAGCGCGAAAUGGAGGCUGCAAAGACGGAUGCUCUGCUGUCCUAUGAAACCGUCCACCAUUUCGGCGCUGUCCCAAUGGAGGUUUCUCGUUACGAGAUGCUAAUUGCGUAUUUCCAAGCCGCCGAAUUCAACGUGCUAUUUUCGCUCAAUAUGUUAAAUGCGGUGCAAAAUGGCGUUUUCACUCUGGGGACGCUCUUGGUCUGCUACCUAGACGCAUACCAGAUCUCCAUGGAUCUCCAAAAGGUAGCUAUGUUUGUAACAUUGCUCACCUAUCUAGCUCAAUUACAGGCGCCACUCAACUUUUUUGGGAGUUUUUACACACAGGUCCAGAAUAAUCUUGUCGACGCUGAGCGUAUGCUGGAGCUUUACGAAGAAAAGCCGACAGUCGUAGACGCAGACGACACGAUGUUGUUGAAGAGAUGCAGCGGUCAUAUCUCAUUCUCCAACGUAAAAUUCGCGUAUAACGAACAGCGGCAAGCUUUGCGCGGCAUCUCAUUCGAAGUACUGUCGGGCACCUCGACGGCAAUUGUAGGCGAAAGUGGUAGUGGAAAAUCAACUCUUUUGAAACUGCUCUUCCGUUUCUACGACGUAAAUUCGGGAACGAUUUGUGUCGAUGGCAAGGACGUGCAGAAAAUCCAGAUCAAGAGCCUCAGAGACUACAUCAGUGUCGUACCGCAAGACACUAUCUUGUUCAACAACACUCUGAUGUACAAUCUGAAAUAUGCACGGCCUGAUGCCACGGAUGAGCAGGUAUUUGACGCAUGCAGAUCGGCAACUAUCCAUGACAAGAUUAUGAGCUUCCCUGGUGGUUACUCCACUAGCGUUGGUGAGAGAGGGCUUAAACUCUCUGGAGGUGAAAGGCAAAGGAUCGCCAUUUCCAGAGCUUUCUUGCGUGCUCCAAGUAUUCUCUUGUUGGACGAGGCUACUGCUUCGCUCGAUUCAGAGACGGAGGGUCAUAUACAAGAAGCCCUGGAAAGAGUGAGUCGAGGCCGCACUACAAUAACUAUUGCCCAUCGAUUAUCAACAAUCGUCAAAGCGGACCAAAUUAUUGUACUCCAAGAAGGCCGCAUCGUCGAAAGGGGCACACACGCUCAGCUUCUUCAGAACAAUGGUUUGUAUCUAAGUAUGUGGGAGAAACAGACUUUGGAUGAAGAGGAGAAGUAG